CCACUGAAGUGCGUGAAUUUCAUACCAAACCCAUACUUCGCAUUCCACCUAUACUGUCAAACCGGGAGAAAUAUUACUGAAAACAAUACAGCACCAAGAUAAAUAUAACUUUAAAGCAAUAAACCUCGUCCAAUUCUAUCGGUAGAGGUGUUUGCCAAUAAAGGGAAUUGUCAGAGAGAAGCGACAGAAGUGUUUGGAGAGAUCUCUCAUCCCGUUUUCUACGUUAUCAGAAAUUGCGUAGCGUGGGGGCUCGUGGCAGGGCCCGGUAGGAGCCGGCACCAUUGCGUCCAACAAGUGGAGUGCCAACGGCAGCCCGGAGCAGGGGCUGGAGGAUGGGGGUGAUGAGCUGGACAAGGCCAUGGAUGGAGACGCCGAGGGUGUGUGGAGUCCCGACAUCGAGCAGAGCUUUCAGGAGGCACUGGCUAUAUAUCCACCCUGUGGCAGGCGCAAGAUCAUCCUGUCAGACGAGGGCAAGAUGUACGGUCGCAAUGAGCUUAUUGCCAGAUAUAUCAAGCUGAGAACAGGCAAAACCCGCACAAGAAAACAGGUUUCUAGCCAUUUGCAGGUUCUUGCCCGGAGAAAAUCUCGCGAGAUACAGUCAAAGCUGAAGGAUCAAGCGUCCAAAGACAAGGCUCUCCAGAACAUGGCAGCACUUUCCUCCGCUCAGAUCGUGUCCCCUAGUCUAAUCAAAAGCCCUCUUCCGCCUCUUCCGCAGUCCCCCUACCCCCCGUCUGCACGGUUCUGGCCGACCCCCAUCCCCGGCCAACCCGGACCCUCUGAGGAGCUGGUUCUUAGGCACAAUCCAGGAAGAAGUCCUGGGCUUGGCCGCACCAGCUACGCCAUCAAGCCAUUUGCACAAACUCCUUACCCAAACCUUUCAGGACCUGUUCAACCACCCUUAUCAUAUGAGCCCCUGGCCCCUCCUCUACCGCCGGUUGCCACUGCAGUGCCCGUGUGGCAGGAUCGAACCAUCGCCUCCUCCAAACUGCGUCUUCUGGAGUACUCUGCGUUCAUGGAGGUCCCGCAGGACCAGGACUCUUACAGAAAACACCUGUUUGUUCAGAUUGGCCAGACCAACCCCUCGUACAGCGACCCUCUGCUGGAGGCGGUGGACAUCCGACAGAUCUACGACAAGUUCCCCGAGAAGACGGGAGGACUCAAGGAGCUGUACGAGAAGGGCCCUCAAAACGCCUUCUUCCUCGUCAAAUUUUGGGCGGAUCUGAACAACAGCGGCUUUCAGGAUGGACCGGGCUCCUUCUACGGAGUCAGCGGUCAGUACAGCAGCUCAGAGAACAUGACCAUCACCGUCUCAACCAAAGUCUGCUCUUUUGGGAAGCAAGUGGUGGAAAAAGUGGAGACCGAGUACGCUCGUGUCGAGGGAGGGAAGUGUUUGUAUCGAAUCCACCGCUCUCCCAUGUGUGAAUAUAUGAUCAACUUCAUCCACAAGCUCAAGCACCUGCCUGAGAAAUACAUGAUGAACAGCGUAUUAGAAAACUUCACCAUCUUACAGGUAGUGACUAACAGGGAGACCCAGGAGACUCUUCUGUGUAUAGCGUUUGUAUUUGAAGUGUCGAUGAGUGAACACGGGGCACAAUACCACGUCUAUCGGCUCAUUAAAGACUAGCGCUCGCCGCUGCGAGACUUCGGUUGCUUUGCACAGUCCCUCCAUCACACGUAUGGUGGAAUCUGACAAAUUGUCCAAACAUCGGAGGAAUACGCCAAAAUGUUACAAAAAAACACUAAUGAUUUGCUUUUGUUCUAAACCUGGUAAAGAAUUGGAGUCUUUGAGGACAUAAAAAAUAUAGUAUUACUCUGUUUAAAAAACAAAAAAAUCUAAAAAAAACUUUUUUGUAUUUGUUUUUUAAUGCCUUAAAUACAAAAUGGGUCAUGUUGGUUUUGUUGCAUAUACAGAUCAAAGAUGUCUUUUAAGCUUUGUUGUGUCUCCACGGAGGGAAUGUGAAUGUGUUUUGAAGGGAAGGAAGGUCAUGAAAGACGAUGUGUGCCGUUUAUGCAGCAUUUUACGGUGAUUUAAGGGUGAAUCUCACAUAGAAAUCUCAUUUUACCCUAAAAUCUGAAGAAAAAAAUAUACACCUAAUAUAUACAUAUUUAAAAUAAAGAAAAUUAAGGCUAUUUUAGGACAAAUUUUGCAUGUUAUUUUCAUGAUGCACCCCCCCAAUUCUUAUUAUAACGCAAGAGAAAAUACUAUUCUCAUUACUCCAAAAUUUUUUAAAUGAAAAUUAGCACAAAUGCAAUGCUUUUCUGCAUUACAGUAAAAA